GAAGUGGGCGGGGUUAUGUCGCCAUUGCAGCUCCUGAUUGGUUCGCUGUGGACAGGAGGGCGGAGCAAAAGGCACGUUUAUAACACGAAUGACGCGACAUUCUCCCGUAAGAGACCCAGAAAAACAUUCACCAUGGUUAUUGUAAUCGAAGAUUUGGUUGCUUUCAAAGCAGCCCUGAAAAAUGCAGGGGGUAAAUUAGUUGUAGUGGACUUCACAGCCACAUGGUGCGGCCCAUGCCAAAUGAUUGGCCCCGUCUUUAAAGCUCUGUCUGAAAACCCAGAGAAUGCAAAUGUGGUUUUUCUGAAGGUGGAUGUGGACGAUGCAAAUGAUGUAUCAAGCCACUGUGAUAUCAAAUGCAUGCCAACAUUCCAAUUCUACAAGAAUGGGAAAAAGAUUGAUGAGUUUUCUGGAGCCAACAAAGCCGAACUGGAGCAGAAGAUCAAGGCACAUAAAUGAACAUACUGUACAUGAAGACACACAUACAUGCAUAGGUUUUAACUUUCCCUUGUAGGAAGCACUUCUGCAAUCUUAUAAUUCUGUAUAUUUUAUACAAAAUUAUGGACAUUUUUUAUUGGUUGGCACAAGGGGCUAAUUUCUUUUUCAAUAAAAUAUAAAGAAAUGAUUAAGUAACA